AUGUCAUCUGCCGCUGCACGACAACGCCUCCAGGCCCUCAGCAAGCAGCUAGUUGAGGGCAUUCCUGACGAGGGCACGUUUGAAGAUAUCCCCAAGAUUCGCCAUAUUGCUGGAGAUUCUGCUGGCCCCCGGGCAAAGGACAAGGUUGUCAUUGUGACUGGAGCCAAUUCUCCUAAUGGAAUCGGACGUGCCAGUGCACACCAAUUCGCAAACAACGGUGCCAAGGCAGUGUACAUCUGCGACUACAAUGAUAGUCACCUUGCCACUCACAAACGUGAGAUAGAGUCUCUAUACCCAGGGGUAGAUGUCCACGUGCGCCAAUUUGAUGCAGGCGAUGAGAAGUCGGUGGUAGCGGUCAUCGACGAUGUCAUGGCAAAGUAUGGCCGACUGGACAUUUUCUUUGCCAAUGCUGGCAUUGUUGGACAGCCGAAAAUCUUCACUGAAAUCGAUGGCGAUGGCUUCAUGAACACAAUGAAGACAAAUGCUUUAGGUGUUUUCCUGGCCGCCAAGCACGCUGCCCCGGCUAUGAAAGUAACCUCGGAAGCAAAGCCGUACUCAAGCGGUUCAAUCAUCUGUACCGCCUCGGUAGCUGGCCUUCGGUCCAAUGCAGGCUCAACUGACUACUCUGCCUCCAAGGCUGCCGUGGUUUCUAUUGCCCAGACCUGCUCGUACCAGCUGGCUGGUACUGGUAUCCGUAUCAAUGCCAUUUGCCCUGGCCUGAUCGAGACCGGCAUGACACAAGCCGUCUUUGAUCAUGCUCGGAAACGUGGCACUCAGCGCAAGAUUGGUCAGCUGAACCCCCUGCAACGUGGCGCUGUUGCUGAUGAGGUUGCACGUGUGGCAUUGUUCCUGGGCAGCGAUGAGAGCAGCUACGUCAACGGUCAGGCAUGGGCUGUCUGUGGGGGUUUGAGUGCGGGGCACCCGGUGGUUCCUGGCAAGUUGGCAUAG